UGUCUCCGCUAUAAAUAAUUGUGGAUUUAGGGAGAUUGCAGAUUGGAGUCAUUACAUAAUUUCUUUAUUCUUUAUCACGUUGAAUAAUUGUGGAGAUGCUGUUUUGCAGUUGGAUUAUUCCAGCUUAAGACAGAUAUAGCUUUGAUGGUUCACAUGCACAAAAUAAUGUAUAUAUAGUUUUAUAUUUAUAGUAACAUUAGUUGCUAAAAAAUGUGUGGGACUUGUUUAUUUUCAAAAUCUUCGAAUUUAAAUGGGUCUAAUUCUUUACUUAGCGCGGCAUAUUAGCUUAUACUACUAUGAUUUGAAUCCACUUUGACUACACAUGCUUCACGUUGUAUAUAAGUUUAUGGUUCAUGCCUCGUAACUCAAGAUUUAUAGGAAAAGUUAUCUAGUCUCGGAAAAAGAUCAUAAGCAGAAUAGAUAGUGCCUUCAUUGUUUAUUAAUGAUUAAAAAAAGUUGUUUACUAAUGCCAUGAGAUUGCACUGCCAUUUAAAAUCUACUAGUAGAUAUCGGUCAAGAAUCUUGCUUUGGGAAAUAAAUACUAAUGGCAUGAGAUUGCUCUGCCAUUAUACUUGAUAUUCCAACUUUUCAAAAAUUGUUUAAAUUAGAUGUUCUUUUAAUAAACAACACAAUCUUGUCAAUAAAAUUUGGUCCAUGGCAUCCACCAAAUCAUGCGAAAUCUAGAUUUAUCAUUUUUAGGUGUUAUCUUAAUCGCAUAGAUUUUAUUUUACAUUAAUUAGAAAAAGAUGGUUACAUGAUAUUCUGAUCAAAUCAUAAUCACCGAAACAAGUGCAUCUGAAGAUAAUUUUGGUAGUUGACUCUGAAUUUUAAUGCAGUAAAAUUGAUAAAAUAGAAGGGACGGAGGAAAAAGUUGUUGGAGUAUUGUGUGAAGGAUUUUGUUCACUUUAUUAUAAAAAUAAACUUAUUAUAAAUGAAAAAUAUGGAGAAAGUAAUAUGAGGUUAAUAAUAAUAAACUUAUUACUGUUACUAUAUGGUUAAGAAUUAGGAAUAGGAUUAGGAUUGAGUGCGGUCAAACUUCAGAUUAGAUCCUAAAAAGUCGGGUCAAUGGGUCGUUUUACCAAUUUUUUAUUAUUAACUUAUUUUAAUCUAUUCAAUAAACACUAUAAUAGCCUAAUAGGAGUAAUAUUCUGAAGAAUCUUUUCACAUUGCACAAACAAGAUGCGAAAAAUAAAUCUGCAUAUCAAUAAAUUUAAAAAAAGCAGCACAAAUCACAUCACAUUAAAUUAAUCCGACUGACAAAAUCUGUGAUUAAUAAUUUCAAAUCGGCAAAUCCCAACUGAUUAAACUUCCACACAAUGCUGUCCGCUUACAGUUGCUUUCAAUAAAUCAGCACACACAAAUAGCCAAACGACGUCGCAUUUGAGCUAGCCGGAGAGAUGGCGGAGGAAGACGUCCACGGCGGCGGCGGAUUCGUGAGGGCGGAUCAGAUAGAUCUGAAGAGCAUCGACGAGCAGCUCAACCGGCAUAUCACCAGAGCUCUGACCAUGGAAAAGAAGAAGCAGGAGAAUGGAGGAAAGCAGCAGCAGCAGGAUGAAUUGAGGGAGAUUCCGGCGAGGCAAGACUGGGAAAUCGACGCCUCGAAGCUCGUGGUCAAAGCGGUGCUGGCGCGGGGUACUUUUGGGACCGUUCACCGCGGCGUUUACGACGGAGAGGAUGUUGCAGUAAAACUUCUCGACUGGGGGGAAGAAGGCCACCGGUCACAAGCUGAAGUAGCUUCCCUUCGAGCAGCUUUUGCACAAGAAGUUGCUGUAUGGCACAAGCUUGAUCAUCCAAAUGUUACAAAGUUCGUAGGAGCUACAUUGGGUGCACCAGAGCUGAACAUACAAAAAGACAGUGGCCAACUUGGAAUGGCGCGUAAUGUCUGCUGUGUCGUGGUUGAAUAUCUACCCGGAGGAACCCUUAAAAAUUUCCUCAUUAGAAAUAUAAGGACGAAACUUGCUUUCAAAGUGGUUAUUCAGCUAGCUUUGGAUCUUGCACGAGGCUUAAGCUAUCUUCACUCUCAGAAGAUCGUGCACAGGGAUGUGAAAACAGAGAACAUGCUUCUCGAUAAGAAGAGAACAAUCAAAAUCGCUGAUUUUGGUGUCGCACGUGUCGAGGCUUCAAAUCCUAACGAGAUGACUGGGGAGACUGGCACCCUCGGUUACAUGGCACCCGAGGUCCUCAAUGGCCACCCCUACAAUAGGAAAUGCGAUGUAUAUAGCUUCGGUAUUUGCUUAUGGGAGAUAUAUUGCUGCGACAUGCCAUAUCCAAACCUCAGCUUCUCUGAAUUGACUUCAGCUGUCGUGCAUCAGAAUUUGAGGCCAGAGAUACCCCGGUGCUGCCCGAGUUCUAUUGCGAAUGUGAUGAGACGAUGCUGGGAUGCCAACUCGGACAAGAGGCCGGAGAUGGAUGAAGUGGUUUCCAUGUUGGAAGCCAUUGAUACAUCAAAGGGAGGUGGCAUGAUUCCUCCCAAUAAAUCUCAAGGUUGUUUCUGCUUUCGCCCGAGAAGAGGGCCUUGAGAAAUCUCUUAUCCAUUUCAAGUUUGUACAGUGUUGAUGUUCGUAGCAAGCUUAGCUUCGAUAAACUAUACUAGCUAGCUUCUCCUUCAUCUCUUGCUUUUCGUAUUAGAAUUAUGUAUCCAAACUCUUGCUCAAUUCAAAAACAAAAUGAACAUUUUGAGUUCAUUGUGGAAAUGGUUUAAUU